AUGGAGUCUCCUGAGCGUAGCACACAGAAAACAUAUGAAUUCACAAAGCCGAGCGAGGAACAUGACGUAAACGAUUCGAACAGAAGUUCUCCUGAACCGAAAAUGAAUUUUGGCGCCACUGGUCACAGCGAUAAAAGUUUGGAUUCUCUCGGCGAGAGCUACCAUCAGUCCCCGAGUCCGUUCAAAUCCAAGAAGAAAAAGUCAAGAACGGUUUUCUCCAGAAGUCAAAUUUAUCAACUCGAGGCUGCAUUUGACAUGAAGAGAUACUUGUCUAGUGCGGAAAGAGCAGGACUUGCAUCGAGUUUAAAAUUAUCAGAAACCCAGAUAAAAAUUUGGUUCCAGAACAGAAGAAAUAAAUGGAAGCGACAGAUUAACGGAGAGAUGGACGAGAUUCCAAUUUCCCCUUCCUUUGCCGCAAGCUAUCUACAGAACACGCUGUGUCAAUCGUCUUUGAGUGGACUUAAUCACGUGACCGAUGUGCGCACAAGUUUAAUGCGCAGUAGUCUACCUCAACAGGUUGCGUACUACUCGAAUCCCUAUGCAACUGACACAGUGUCCCAUGCGUAUUUAUAG